CGCAAAUAAGCCUCGGUCAGCGGCAGCAGAAAGAAGCGGAAAUCCCGCCAACAAACCUGGGAGAACGUGAGUCCCAAAACCACCGGAAACUUACACGCUUAAGAGCGGUGACUGCAGCGCUGGCAGCUCUGACCCCCCCCCCCCCCCCAAACCCUCCUCCUGCCGAUGUCCCCCUCCCAGCCUUUGCACUGAGGUUCACCCCCCUCCACAGAGAGCGUCAUGGUGGAUGUAACCAAAUGGCCCAUUUUCAGUCUGAUGGGGCCCCAGGAGCUCUCCACGAUACGGAAAGCCUGCGUGUUUGGGACGUCUGCUAAUGAGGCCAUCUUCAUCACUAAAGAUGAUGAGGUGUAUGUGAUCGGGCUGAACUGCAGCAGCUGCCUGGGGACAGGGGACAGUCAGAGCACCAUUGUUCCCAAGAAGCUGGACUUCCUGAGUGGGAGGAAGGUGGUGAGCAUGAGCUACGGCAGCGGACCCCACAUCCUGCUGGCCACAGAAGAUGGAGAGCUGUUCGCCUGGGGUCAUAACGGCUACAGCCAGCUUGGAAACGGGACGACCAACCAAGGAGUCGCUCCGGUGCUCGUGUCGGCUAACCUGCUGAAUAAGAAAGUCACGGAGGUGGCCUGUGGCUCUCACCACUCCAUGGCUCUCACUGACUCAGGAGAAGUAUAUGCAUGGGGCUACAACAACUGUGGUCAGGUGGGUUCAGGCUCCACAGCGAACCAGCCGACCCCCCGCAGAGUGUCGAGCUGUCUGCAGAACAAAGUGGCCGUCAGCAUCGUGUGCGGGCAGACCUCCUCUCUGGCGGUGGUGGACAACGGAGAGGUCUACGGUUGGGGCUACAACGGGAACGGGCAGCUCGGACUCGGAAACAACGGGAACCAGCUGACUCCCUGCCGCCUUGCAGUGCUGCAGGGUUUAUGUGUGCAGCAGAUUGUCUCCGGCUAUGCCCACUCUCUGGCUCUCACAGACGAGGGGCUGCUGUAUGCCUGGGGGUCCAACACUUACGGACAGCUGGGCACCGGCAACAAGAGCAACCAGCUGAGCCCGCUGCUCAUCAUGACGGAGAAGGAGCGGAUCGUGGAGGUCGCCGCCUGCCACUCCACACACACUUCAGCCGCUAAGACUCAGAGCGGUCAGGUGUACAUGUGGGGCCAGUGCAGGGGCCAGUCCAUAGUGCUGCCUCAACUCACACACUUCACCUGCACCGAUGAUGUGUUUGCCUGCUUCGCCACGCCCUCAGUCAUGUGGAGGCUUCUCUCCAUGGAGCACGAUGACUUCUUGACCGUGGCUCAGUCUCUGAAGAAAGAGUUUGACAACCCGGAGACGGCCGACCUCAAGUUCUGCGUUGACGGCAAAUACAUCUCCGUGCACAAAGCGGUUCUGAAAAUCAGGUGUGAACACUUCAGGUCCAUGUUCCAGUCGCACUGGAACGAAGACAUGAAGGAGGUGAUCGAAAUAGAUCAGUUCUCCUACCCGGUGUACCGCUCCUUCCUGGAGUUCCUCUACACCGACUCUGUGGAGCUGCCUCCUGAGGACGCUAUCGGGCUGCUGGAUUUGGCCACGUCCUACUGUGAGAACCGCCUGAAGCGUCUCUGUCAACAAAUCAUCAAGAGAGGCAUCACCGUGGAAAACGCCUUCUCGCUGCUGGCGGCUGCGGUGCGCUACGAUGCAGAGCAGGACCUUAACAGCAAUGCUGCAUCAAAGGUACAGAGAAGAUAAGGAGCAGGAAAAAAUAGGGAAGCUAACAUAUUGCUGCUACAUAAGGAAAUGGAUUAGAAGUAGGUGAGUAGGAGAUGCUGUAACAUGCAGACACACACAAGGAGCGCAUCAGAUAUAUUAUUUGCUUAUGAUUAUUACAUAUUUUAAUCCAAUAAGACAUGCUUAUCCCCUGGGAAACUGCAUUCAUUUCUGAUGCUCUGGACUUUGGUUUGUUAUUUCCCUGAUAUUAAGAUGUGAACAAACCGGUCAGUUAUUGCGCUACGGCCCUAAAGCCUCUCCAAAAAAAAAAGAACAUGGGGCCAACAUGAAGAAACCUUUUCUAAUCUGUGCUCUUAUCUCUGUCCUUCAGGACCUGGAGGAGUUCUGCUUUAAGUUCUGCGUGAACCACCUGACCGAGGUGACCCAGACCGCCGCUUUCUGGCAGAUUAACGGCGACCUGCUGAAAGAUUUCAUUUGUCGAGCCAGCCGCUGUGGAGCCUUCAAAAACUGACCAAUCAUAGACUCAUUAUAGACUCAGAGGCAGAGGAUGCCGUGAAGACUCUAGGAGAGACUUCUUAAAGGACUCUGUCACUCUCAUUCUGCUGGAAACACCUUCUCUGACGGGUGGUUACACAACCUUUUAGACACAUCCCUGUCAGAUUAUUCCUUUCAUCCCACACUUUUUCUAGACGUGAGUGGACAUCCCACAUUGCAGUAUUUUUUCCACAGUGUCUGACUUCUGCUUACUUAACACAUAUUGUGUAAACACAGGGUUUAUAUGCAUUGCGAGACUUGCUAUCGCUUGAUCGAGUUGUUGUUUUCAACUUGAAAUAUUCUCACCAGUUGCCUGAUAUCACUUUACCUUUUUCUAUUGCUGACCAACUUACUUCUUUAGUGUUUGCACUUGUUUGAAAUAUGAUUUUGUUUCUUUUCACUGAAAGAAAGCAGCAUGGUUUGGGUGUGCCAUCUGAAAAUGUGGAUGACGUUUGAGGCUGUUUGCACUUUCAGACGUCAGGACAGAGCAAGUGUUUUGCAGACUGGACGUUCAUAUAUCAACAAUACAGAUUCAAGCCUUAAUUCAAAGGAAAAUGUGCCACCUUGAAUGUUGAGGUCCAAUCAGUGUUGACUUGUAAAUGUUAAUUGAAGCUAUAAAUCCCUCAGUGUGCGCUAUAUUGGCCCAGUAAUCUGAGUCCUCCGGGAAGCAUUUUACUCAUACAACUCAUCCCUUUUGAUCAAAUUAAGAGAUGUAUCUUUUAGUUCUUUACAUCCAACCAGGUCACUUUAAAUAACUCCAUAGGUUCAGGAAAAGCACUCUUUUCAGCUUUUAACAGCAGGCACUGAGGAUUGUAUUCAACCACAAUGUUCGACAUCCAGAAAAAAAGUGGCACAUUUUCUCUUUAAUUCUGUCUAGGUCAAACUCCAGUGAGAUUCUUAGUGCUGCUGGUUGAGGUGUGAUCUUGUUUUGGUUGUAAAACUCGGGUUUUUUUUAAGUGAGUUUUAUACUCAAACUGUUACAAGUGUGAAAUGAUGGAUACCACAUAUUAGACAAUCUUGUUUUGUGCAGCUACAACUCAUACCAUUCAGAAAGCUUCUCCAAUUUGUGCGUGAUGAUAAGUCAGCGGUAAUGCAAAGGACGUUAACAUUUAAAAUCAGUUUACAGUGAGACAUGAGGCCUUGCAGAAGCUUGAGCUGACUUGUCUUGGUGGAUGAAAAAGUUUCUGUCAGUGUUAACAUUUACUAAGUUGAGUGACACGCCGUGAGAAUGUGGAAGAAAAUGUUCGCUCAUUUUUCAAUUGUGACAUUUUGUGACCUUUUCCCAAACAAAUGAAGAAAAAUGAAACUUUGGUCACCUGUAAGCAAGUAUUUUUGAAUAGUAAUAAACAUAUUGCAAUCAACCAAAAUGGAAAA